UGAGUUGUGUAAUUUCGAACUCAAGGUUAUGGCUUCGGACUUUUACAUUUCUAAUUUUAAGCUAGAACACCAGAAACUUCAAGAUAAAGUUGAAAAACUUGAGAGGGAAAAAGAAUUGCUUAUGGCAGAACUCGGACACAGAGAACAUAAUUUCUGUGGCAACAUACUCGCGUUUGUUGAGAGCUUAUUUUUGAAUUCGAAAUAUAGUGAUAUACUCUUCAAAACACCGAACGUUCUUGUCCCUGGACAUAAGUUUGUUCUCGAUGCCAGGGGUGGAGUGUGGAAUGCUUAUACAGAGAAUGGUGUAGAAUAUAUAAAUAUACAAGGGUAUUGUCAGAAAGUGUGCGAGGCAUUGAUUCUCUGGGCUUACAGAGGAACUUUGGAGAAGCAGGAUGCACGGUGUAUGUCCGAUUUAAUGACUCUCGCACGAGAAUUUUGCUUGCCUUCCUUAUUUACCCAGUGAGUAUUUCUAUUUUUAGAGUUGUAGGUGUGAAGUUGCUUUGAUCCCUCUAGUGACAAAAGAAAACUGCUUGUCAUUGUAUUCGUCUUCUUAUAGACUAGGAGCUACCCGGUUACUAGAACAUUGCUUUAUGUUCUUGUCAGAUGUUUGGCCUAAUUUUUCACCUAAAGAGAUUUCUGCAAUCGCUUCCCCUGUUCUUCAAUCUUUCCUCGAGAAAUAUUCCAAGUUCCCCGUGCACUCAGCAAUUGAACUUGGGCGAGAUGACACCGUUUUAUCUUUGCUUAACGUAAAUCAUCCGAAGGUAAAACUCCUCGUAAAUCAACUGAACGAAAAUGGAUUAUCUCCGUUGUAUAUGGCUCUAAAAGAUGCUCAUUUUGAACUUGCUGAGAAACUGAUUGGUGUAGGUGCAGAUAUAAACGCACUUAUCGGUCCUACUGGCCAGAAGCAACCCGUUACUCAGUUUGCAUUUGCAAAACGCCAAUAUGACGCUGUCCAAUUUCUCUUGCUUCAUGGUUCUAAUUGUGAUUUCUGUGAUUCAACCUCGUCUCGCACUCUACUUCAUACCCUCGCAGUAGCUGAUGAACAUGAAAUGUCAGAAGCCGUGAUCAAUAUUGCAAAAACAAUAAUUCAGCAGAGUGCUAAUAUUUCUUGCCAGGAUGCAGAUGGAAAUUCACCGUUGCAUUUAUCCAUUUUGCACAAUAAUUCGACCUUAUUGAAUUUGCUGCUCAAUCAUUCAAAGAAACCUAAUUUAGAUUUACCAAAUAAUCAAGGAUUUUGUCCACUGUGGUUAGCGCUUGUUAGGCAGUUCAACUUUCAUGAUCCAAAUGUUUAUGGAUUUAAAUCUAACUCAUUGACAAAUAGUUCAUAUGACUUCGCCACUCAAUUAAUUGAAAAUGGUGCUAACGUGAAUUAUAGAUUUACUGACGUUUAUCAUUCUGAAUUGAAUAGUAAAUCUUUAAAGAAUCCACUCCCAGGUGAUACUCUACUUUUGGCUACUUCACGUAUGGAAUGGGAGUCAGCUGCUUUAUUUCUUCUCGAUCAUGCACAAUGUGAUCCUACUUUGGAGUCAUUUACUCAAGGAGAAACGGUUUUUCAUGUUGCUGUAGAAGCUGAACUGUUUACUUUAUGCAGUCGUUUGAUAAUGCGGAAUGACACUGACCCAAACCGUUUACGGUUUUCCGAAGUUAUUAUACUGACAUCAGACGUUGAGACUUCUCACGAAAGUACUUGUGUGAAAGAGGUCAGUCAACUCAAAAUUACGAAAUCGUUAAAUCCUUUUGAUGAUGAUUACGAUACUGAUGAUUACAAUCUUUUAUCUGGUCCUAUGGAUAAUAAUAUAUCAUGUCAUUUGAAUAGUUCAAAUCCAUCCACUGACUCUGCGGUUAAUGGUACUAUUACUCCAUCAAUAUUAGCUGCACCAUCAUCGAAUGUAACUAAACAUAAUCACAAGUCUAUCCAACAUUUAUACUGCAGUCCUUUACAUCUUGCUGUACAACAUAAAAUGUUCGGGAUAUUCGACUUUUAUCUUGAAAACAAAGCCAACGUGGAUUGGUUUCUGUUGAAUGAUUCUGGUGAUUCGGUGUUCAGCUUACUUUUAUGGUCAGAACAGUUUCAAUUGGCCAGUAGAAUACUAGAAUCAAUGUAUAAUCAAUCAAAAAAUUCAUCAGUUAGUCAUGACUUGAAAUUCGAUGAAUCCGACAAAGCUAUCCAAUCGAUUCGAAGUAUACUACCUACAAUAUGUAUUAAGCCAUCUUUAUUGAUUCGAUCCAUUGAACGCGAUCAAUUAGAAGUUGUAAAAUUCUUGAUCGAACAUGGUGCUAAUAUUAAUGAGAGUGAAAAUGACUCUCAGUCAUACAUUAACCCUCUCUGGACUGCAUUGAAGUUAAGAAGAUGGACAAUAGCCGAUUAUUUGGUUGAUCAUGGAGCUGAUGUUAAUUCAUGGGCACCAUUUAAUGAGACAAAUACAAAAAUCACUCUAUUACAUCGUGCAAUUCAUGAGAAUAAUGAAGAGGCUAGUGUAUUUCUAGUGAAACGAAAUUGUGAUGUCAAUGCAUGUCCACAGUGUGAUUAUUCAGUGAAUAAGAAAAAAUCGAAUUCUAUACCAGAAUUAGCUCGAUAUCCAUUGCAUAUGGCUACUUUAAAUGGAAUGUAUGAACUUGUCAAAGUACUUAUUUCUAGCAAUCGUGUACAUAUUAAUCAACAGGAUUAUAACGGUGAAACUGCUUUACAUUUAGCAAUCAAAUCAAAAAAUGAAGAACUUGCCAACCUAUUAAUUGAAGCGCCUCAAAUUGAUUAUACUGUUCGAGAUGCACAAGCAUAUACUGUAUUUCAUGUAGCUGUAGAUCUACGUCAGCGGACAAUUGCACAAAAACUUUUAGAAAAGGACUCUUCUUUAGCUUUACAAGUUGAUAGUUCAGGACGGAAUUUCCUACAUAUUGCAAUAGAAAAUUUGGAUCGUGAAGCCAUUUUUCUUCUUAUUCAAAUUGGAGUUGAUAUGAAUGCUUGUGUACGUAAUGUGCAUCGUCUAACACCCUUACAUUUAGCUAUUAAAACUGGUGUCGAUGAAGAUAUUUUGCGUAGUUUGCUUCUUGCUGGUGCAUCUAUCGAUUCACAAACACCACAAAAACAAUACGGUCUUCAUUUGGCUGUGAUUUACGAUAGACCAGAAUUAGUGCAUUGUUUAUUAGAAAAUGGUGCUGAUGCGAAUGCUCAAGAUUCAGAACGUAAUACACCAUUGCAUCUAGCUGUUCGACAUGCAAGAGUGAAUUGUCUUGUCAAACUCCUUAAUCAUUCCGAUACAAAUUGUUUUUGUAUGAAUAUCAGAGGUCAAUUACCAAUUCAUUUACUAGCUCAACAUCAAGGUCCAGUCAGUGUUGAAAUACUUGGAUAUUUGUUAGAAAUAUCUGUCGCUAAUCAAAUCAAUUGUCAAGAUGCUGCUGGCAAUACACCAUUAAUUCUUGCAUAUCAAGCACAGAACGUAUCACUAUGUAUCGCAUUACUUCAAGCUGGUGCAUCUUUAGGAGUGAUGAAUUCUGAAGGGGAUACUGUGUUUAGUUUAGAUAGAAAGAAAUGUAAAAGUUCAUCGCCUGGACGUGUUCUUUCACAAUUAUUAGAUUCACUCGUUCAAGAACCUCGAUGGGAAGAUGGUUCUGUUUGUGUUGAAUGUUGUGUGAAAUUUGGAAUCACUAACAGAAAACAUCAUUGUCGUCAUUGUGGACGUUUACUUUGUGCUCAAUGUUCAGCGUUUGAAGUACCAAUAGUAAAAUAUGAACUUUCUAAACCAGUUCGUGUAUGUGUAGUUUGUUUCAAUUUUUUGAAUAAUCCAUUCUAGUGUGUUUGUAUAUGUGUGUGUGUAUAUGUAACUGAUGAUUCUGAUUUUAUAUUUUCACAUGAAACUCGGUAUAUAGAGAUGUAUGUAUAUCAUUUAUUCUCUCAUAGAUUUAAUUUCCUUACAUUAUUCCUUGUGAUGUAUGAUUUUAACUUCAAUAUCUUUUUAUCAUGAAAUUCUUAAUUUGUUGAUUUUAAUUUCGUCACUUUAAACAAAGAUGUAUGUGUUAUGUGUGGAUAAAUGAUCAUUGAACGUAAAAUCAUAAUUUGUGUAGUAUAUGCACAUGAUGUGCAAUCAUUUCAGUAUGCAAAAAUUAUUCAUUUCUGGUUGUUUUUGCUUUAUCUUUGUUUAUUAUGAUGAUUGUUUUUUAUUUUUUGUUUUGCUAUUUAUUGUCUUGUUCUUACGAGCCAAUAAUGAUGAUAAUUUCUGGGUUUCAUUUUAUUUUGUCCAAUAAAUUUAUGUUGAUGUUUGCAAAAAUUUUUAACAAGGAAACAAAUAAAAGACGAUUGUUGAUGGAAAUUUUGUCAAUUCUUAUUUUGAUGAGUUGAAAAUUUUCAUUGAUCAUUGAUUUCUUGUUGACAAGUUAUCUGUCAUCAAAUAAAUGAAUUAGUAGAAAUCAUGGAACUAUUGUCUCCCCUGCUGAAAUUGUGAUUUAUUGAAAUGAAUGAAUUAAUAAAUUCAAACAAUUGAUUAUUGAACAAUAGAUGACAGAUUACAUUUUUGUUUCAAUUCCAUUCGAUUGAACCAAGGUAAAAUAUCACAAUUUGUUGGCAUGAUUCAAAUUUGAACAAUUCGAAACAAUACUGUGCUGUGAUUAUAAAUGAACUACGAUGCUUAAAUUGAUAAAUUGAAAUUAUUUAAUUUGAUUUAUGUUGAAGUAAAAUGUAGAUUCAUAUUUAAGGAACAAUUUAUUUGUCAACACAUCAAUUAUCAUUCGAUAACUUAUAUAUAUGCGUAUAUAUUUAUAUUAAAAAUUUAUCUUAAUCACGUAUGUUCAUAAUAAAAGAGUUUAAUCUUACAUAUUUAUUAUUCAGUCAUUUCUAAAAUCAAACUGUGAAAUUUUAAAAGAAAGAUUGAAGAAGACGUCAGUACAAAGUUAACCAUUAUCUAACUAAUCAUGCUAACUGCACAAAAUAUAAACAAAACUUGAGAAUUUUAAACGUGAUGGAAGUAUUCAGAUAGAAUUUGUAUUUUUAAUCAACAAAAAAAUGUUUUGUUUUUUGUUCAACGUUUUUUGAUCAAGAGAUUUUCUUUCAAACUAUCUUCUCAUAGAUGUAAUUAUUGAAGUAACUUUCAAGAAUUUUACUUGGGAGAUCAAUUCAAAAGUUAUAAUUGUUAUUACUUUUGUUUUAUUAUGGAUAUAUUUUCUUAUUACUUAAUAAUGUGGAA